AUGACGCCGCCGCCCUCCUCCGUUGUCCACCCAUUGACAGUCUCUCCUCCAGUCCCUCCUGACCAUGCUGCUCCUGGAUUACCAGAACGCUUUGAUUCAAUCCCUCCUUACGGAGCGGUUUUCGGGGUGGUCUCCGACUUCGAUGGCGUCACCUUCCACCUUUCUACCCCCAAGUCCAAGACCAAGAUCCUUAUCUCAAUUAACGUGAAGUGCUUCAAAGAACUCGUCCAGUAUGGCGCCGAGGAGGUGCUCAAGCGGGAAUACGGCCCUUACAUCGUUUCUCCCGAACCUGGCUACGAUUUUUCAGUGCAAAUCGACUUGGAGGACUUGCCUACUGAGCAGGAAGCCCGCGAUGAACUAGUAUUGAAGCUUGCCCUCCUUAAGCGGAAUGCCAUGGCGGCUCCGUUCGAGCGUGCCUUCGACGAAUUCAACAAGCUUGCAGAAGAAGCCUCGCAAUACACGUCAGAAUCAGCACCCCAGGGUGUGAAGGAAGGUGGUGAAGUCAUGUCUAUCCACUACCGUGAGGAGGAAGCCAUUUAUAUCAAGGCCAAUUGGGAUCGCGUGACCGUGAUCUUCAGCACUGAAUUCGUGGACGCUCGGCGACGAGUUGCCACUCUCCAAAAUGCUCCUCAAGUCUUAUUCCGCAACGACCCCCCGCUUGAACUUCAAGGCGUCCCAGGUCUGCAGAGCGCGAGCGAGGGCGCCAUCAGCUAUCGCCGUUAUGAUAGCAUUUCUCAUAUCCAAACGUUCCGCGACUACUUCCAUUACCACAUUAAAGCCUCGAAGCGCGAGCGCAAGACAGCCAGUGGUCGGACGUUCCGCGUGCAGGGUUAG